AUGAAGCUAGCAACAUAUCUAUUCGCCGUUGUCCUGUUUGCUGGAUUCUUCCUGCUCCAGCCAAGCUCUGCCCAGACCAACACGACAACCACAGAGGCCAGUGCGACCACGACAACGACGACAACAACUGCCACGCCCAGUACUGUGCACAGGAAGCAUUUUACGGCUCACAAUAUUCACUACAAAAUCGUCCGAAGGAUCCAUGUAAACAAAAAGAAGUCUACUGGAUAA